AAUUUCCUGGGAACCUGCCGUAACCAAGGAGCUGGAUUGGAAACUUUGGAUUUACUUCCGGGUGUAUGUCACAGUUUCAUGUUUCCCUGACUUCUCUAUACCCACGAUUGUUUUUAUUUUUAUUUCUGCUCCCGAUUUAACGUCGGUGCAAUAUUCGACCUGUGAAAAGCGUCCCCACAUUAAAUGAUUUUCACUUCAGUUACUUUUGCUUUGUGGGAGCAGAUCCGGCCAAGACUCUCCUUGGUAACGACGCUUUAAGCAAACAAUUUGGUUUACAACAGGUAGUGGCUGGCACACAGCACUGGUUGACAGUUUGUGAUUUAAACAAAAAAAACUUUGGCAAAAAAGAUUCACAGCACGGAAAAAACAACAGUUCUCGACCGAUGGCAGAUGAUAACAGGCGAGGAGACGAGGAUGAACGGGGUCCGGGAGCCGCUUACCAGAUGUUUGUGGUGAUGGAGGAUCUGCUGGAUAAACUGAAGCUGUUAGAUUACGAGGAGGAGGUGCUGAGGAAGCACAACAUGAAAGCUUUAUCACGUCACUACUUCGCCCUUCCGACAAAUCCAGGAGAACAGUUCUUCAUGUUUACCACCCUUGCCUCGUGGCUCAUCAACCAAGCUGGGCGACCCUUUGAGCAGCCUCAAGAAUAUGAUGACCCCAAUGCUACGGUCUCGAAUAUAUUGGCAGAGCUCAGGGCUUUUGGUGGAUUAGUGGAUUUCCCUCCUUCCAAGUUGAAAACAGGCUAUGGGGAAUAUGUGUGCUACGUGCUGGAUCGCUUGGCAGAAGAGGCACUGAAACGGACGAGAUUCACUUGGAAGAAGCCGAGUUACCCCAAAGAAGAACUUGAGGAGGAAUCUGUGAUGGAUGAUGAUGCUGAACUUACGCUGAGUAAAGUGGAGGAAGAAAUGAUAGUUGAACCGGAUGACUAUGAAGAAGAACAUCUCAUAGACUUGGAAGCACUGAAGACAAGGACAAAUCAGAGUGAAACAGGUGAAUCCUUAAAACCAGAUGAUAUUUUGGAAUCCAAUACAGAUGCUGCAGAAUGGAAUUUGGAAGUAGAGCGUGUUCUUCCACAGCUGAAGGUCACAAUCAGAACUGAUAACAAGGAUUGGAGAGUUCAUGUGGACCAGAUGCACCAACACAGAGAUGGAAUCGAAUCAUCUCUGAAAGAGACAAAGGGUUACCUCAACAAGCUCCAAGAAGAAAUUAGUAAAACUCUUGAAAAAAUUGGCAGUCGAGAGAAGUACAUAAACAACCAACUGGAACAUUUAAUUCAAGAAUAUCGAGCUGCACAGUCACAGCUCAGUGAGGCAAAGGAACGUUAUCAACAAGGAAGUGGAGGAGUAACAGGAAGGAGCAGGGUUCUGGCUGAGAUUACAGAAGAAUUGGAAAAAGUUAAGCAGGAGAUGGAAGAAAAAGGCAGCAGUAUGUCUGAUGGAGCUCCUGUAGUGAAAAUUAAGCAAAGUCUGACGAAGCUGAAACAAGAAGUUGUUCAAAUGGACAUCCGGAUCGGCGUAGUGGAACACACAUUACUUCAGGCAAAACUUAAAGAAAAGUCCAACAUGACCAGAGACAUGCAUGCCACCAAUAUUCCAGAGCCUACCAUUAGUAGAUACUAACGUGUUCAUAUUCUCUUAAAUCAUCGUACAUUUUCUCUUUGUUCCAAACAAAUUCUAAUUCCCUUUUUGCAUAUUCCUACCUACUGUACUGUAUGUCUCUUUGUAAGUUUAUCUCUAUGUACUGUAAUUGUAAUCAGUUUUUUUAAUUAGA